CUCUGCAAUCUUCGAUGCCCCUUACAGUGCCCCUGCCUCCAUACCGAUCCGGGUACUAUUAGUUCCUGAGACACGGCAACCUUCUGACCAGUAGUGACCGCGAAGAUGAUGGCGCCUUCAGCUACAUCAAACCGAUAUAUUACGCCCAAUGGUACCGACGUCCACUACAUCUCAUCCGGCAAGCAACAAGGCCGUGUGGCUGUCUUGUUGCAUGGGCUAGGUGGCUCGACAGAAACGUUUCGAGACCUGCUACCGAUCAUCCCACCCGAUUAUCACAUCAUCAGCGUCGACAUUGAAGGUUUCGGCAAGACACUCUUGAAUCAAGAGGAGCCUCUCUCAUUUUCACGCUAUGUCUCCGACUUACACGAUCUCAUCACACAUGUUCAGGAACGUCCUUCAGCCUCGACAUCAGGAGCAGUCAACGGUGCUAGCAGCAACAACAACAGUAGUGAAGAACCCGUGCUCCUCGUCGGUCACUCACUCGGCGCCAUCAUCAGCUUACAGUAUGCGGCCCGGUUCCCCUCCCAGGUGGCAGGACUUUUGCUUUUGGGCUCUGGUAGAUCUGUAAGAGGGAUUCCGCCAGCACAGCAGCGCAUGCGAGAUCUUGCAAAAGCUGCGCGCCAGAAAGGCAUGUAUGCAGUUGCGGACAUUGCGCUGAUGACAAAUUUCCCAGCCGACCGCGGAAACGACGGUGUGCACGAUGAAGAGGUCCGGAAGGCCGUAAGUUCUUGCUCUGCCGAAGCUUAUGCUGCAACGGCGGAGCUGGCGGCCAGUGACGACCACCAUGACCCUGAUUACAGUAUGAUCAAUUGCCCUGCCGUGUUUGUGGCUGGCGACAAAGACAUGAUCAGCCCGCCACAACGGUCGGAGGACAUCAGCAAGCUGGUAGGAGGUCCUUCAGAAGUUGUCGUGGUCGAAAGUGGGCAUCAGAUGAUCCUGCAGGAUAUUGAAGGCGUGAAAGGUGCCCUCGACAAGUUACUGCAACUGUUAUAGAGCGGGAGAGGAGUGUCGUCGGGCUGAGAAACUAUAUAUCGAUGGAGGAGAAAGGGAGUGAUAAUGUGCGUCUCGGAUCAUAAAACUCGACACGAAUUUGAGGCUUUGCGGGCGUAAGAUAGUCAUUACUGUAG